UGUGUGAGCCUAUCACAAAUUGAGUUUGUACUACAAGGCGUACUUUUGUUCCAUACGACUAACAUAUAUUAUAGAGAAUCCAACACCAGACAAAGGCAGCAAGUACAAAAAGAGGCCUCCGGCAUGUCAAUUAAAUUCAAACUCGACGAGCUUCGAAAACAACUUGAGGCUCACGCUACCGAAGAAUUUGAGCUUGCAUUUAGCUUCUUUACACAUAACAUGAAGGAGUAUGCCAUCCCCACCCCAGUCGCGUCGAAAGCUAUUAUUGAAAUGGCGAGGCGUGGAUUUUCGAAUGCGACUCGUAAACUGAUCCAGCUCGGCAUCACUCCUUCGCUCAAAGGGCGUCGCUCAGAAACAGCCUUACACAUUUUUGCUUACUCGGGAGACGCUGCCAUGACUCGUUUCCUGAUAGAAAAGGGAGUAGACCCCAAUACCCAAGAUAAAGAUAAACAGACGCCUCUGCACUGGGCCGCCUGGGCUGGUAAGGCCGAAACCGUCGUGGAGCUCCUGUCUAUGAGAACGGACGAGAUAACAGCCAAUAUGAAUGCGAUAGACGUCGCCAACCGUACUGCUCUUUACGGAGCGGCUGGAGGUGGCUUCGCCGAUGUGGUCCGUUACUUACUCCAACGUGGCGCUGACGUAACUAUACGUGGUGGUACUAAUCAGGAAACACCACUCGAGAGAGCCAGGAAAAGAAAUCACGCUGCGGUAAUCGACUUGUUAACUAAACACUAGUGAUCAAUUGUUGGAAAUAUUGUCAGCUGGGAGUCCUCAGACUUCUACAUGAACGUGACAGCGUACACCCGCAUCCAUUUACUACCUAGGUACUGUAUUGGCCAUACGCGAUAGAUUGCGAUAGACCCUGUCUAUCCACCGUCAAUGCCUAGGUAGCUAGAUACGACUCUUUCCUCUAACCAUAUGGGUACCUGGGUAGUUCUGGUGGCAUUUGAAAGGUUUUAAGUAAAGAACAAAAAGAAAUUGGGGAAAAUACAUAGUUUUGUUUUCUUCGCAAAUCUCAGAGUCCCAUUUGACGAUUACAGUGGCCACAUUGACCCGCAUUUCAUUAUUCAUAGGAGGACAGCUGCCCCAGUAGAAAAAGAUAAUAGAACCAAGUUGCGAAUGCUGUAGGAGACUUCCGCCCAGAAUAGAGCGUCGG